GUUGUACAGUACUGUCAGCAUGAACUUUUCAACAGCCCUUUCUAUAGGCACCUCGUUUGCAACUCAUCCGUUGCUGUCGAAGCGGUGAAGACGGGGCGGCGACACCAUUGACGCCAUGACGAGGCUGAUGUAUCUGUGCAUCCUGAUGGAAUGGGAAACCCAAGUAAGUAAUCGUGGAGGAGGAGGAUUUAGGGUUUACUAUUCUUAGCCAAGCCUUAGGAAUCAGUAAGGUAAGCUGAGCCUGUACACCCUGCGUCAGACAUAUGGGAGCGCAAAUGGUAUAUUCGAGGCAAGAGAUGUUGGUUGGAGACAAGAGACAAUAAGGCGACACGUGGCGUUCGACGCCUCUGAAGACAAGAAAAGAAUGGAAGUCAAAGAGCAGGCGAAGCCGCGAAGAGGUGGAGGCGCAGGCACGACUGGAGAGAAUGCCGAUGCGGUGAUAACCACGCCAAGGCCCUGGUUUGUCGAUAAGAUAAGACGAACCCUUGUAAAGGCGCCCAAGCCCGGCGAUGCUCCGUUCCUGGAGCGCAGGCCCGACCGGGAGCUGCCCACCAUUGAAUCCAUCACGUUCCGCUGGUCCCGCACGCUGCCCCUCUUUGCCGCCGUGAUCGCCGUCGCCUCAGUGGCCAUCUUCAACUACCAGAAGCUGUCCAGUCCCGUCACGGAGGCGACGCUGUACGCGCUGCGCACGUCGGACAAGGCGCGCGCCCACCUGGGCGACGAGAUCUAUUUUGCCCAGCAGAUACCCUGGAUCUCGGGCGAGAUGAACCAGGUGCGAGGCCGCAUCAACAUCAGCUUCCGCGUCAAGGGGACCCGCGCCGGUGGCGUCAUGCGCUUCGCCAGCUACCGGCCCUCACCCCGGGGCCUGUUUGAGACAACCGAGUGGAGCUUGACGACGGACGAUGGCAAGGUGAUCGAUCUGCUCGAGGACGGCGACCCGUUCAAGGCGAUGGUGGGCGGGCCCAGCCUGGAUGACGAAGAAGAGGUUACGACGAGGGGUUUUAGAGGGAAAGAAGUGAAGAAAGUAUAA